AUGGAAGGAGGGUGGCCCACUGUGGGGGGAUUCCUCCUCUGUCUCACUGUCAGCCUUCUGCUUCAAGGAAGGGCAAACACGUUCACCAUCAAUUGCUCAGGCUUUGACCAGCAUGGGGUAGACCCCAAUGUCUUCCAGUCUGUAUUUAACAAGAAGGACUUCCGUCCAGUCAUCAAUUUUAGCAUCCCUACUCGUAUCAACAUUUCUUUCACCCUGUCUGCCAUCCUGGAAGUGGAUGCACAACUUCAGCUGCUGACAUCAUUUCUGUGGUUAAAGUUGGUCUGGGACAACCCAUUUAUCAGUUGGAACCCAGAGGAGUGUGAGGGCAUCUCGAAGAUCAGUGUGGCAACCAAGAACCUAUGGCUCCCAGACAUUUUCAUCACUGAAUUCAUGGAUGUGGAUAAGACCCCAAAAGGCCUCAAGGCAUUCAUAAGUAAUGAAGGUCGCAUCAGGUAUAAGAAACCCAUGAAGGUGGUGAGCAUCUGUAACCUGAACAUCUUCUACUUCCCCUUUGACCAGCAGAACUGCACCCUCACCUUCAGCUCAUUUCUCUACACAGUGGAGUACAUAUCGCUGGGCAUGGAGAAAGAAGUGUGGGAAAUAACAGACACAUCCCAGGACAUCAUUCAGACCCAUGGAGAAUGGGAGCUCCUGGGCAUCAACAAGGCCACCCCAAAGAAGUCUGUGGGCACCAACCUGUACGAUCAGAUCAUCUUCUAUGUGGCCAUCAGGCGCAGACCCAAACUCUACAUUAUGAAUCUCCUGGUACCCAGUAGCUUUCUGGUCACCAUUGAUGCCCUCAGCUUCUAUCUGCCAGCAGGAAGCCAGAACCGCGCCCCAUUCAAGAUAACUCUUCUGCUGGGCUACAAUGUCUUCCUGCUCAUGAUGAAUGACUUACUCCCUGCCAGUGGCACCCCCCUCAUCAGUGUCUACUUUGCCCUGUGUCUGUCCCUGAUGGUGCUUAGCCUGCUAGAGACCAUCUUCAUCUCCUACCUGCUGCACCUUGCCACCACCCAGCCUCCACCUAUGCCUCGCUGGCUCCAUUUCCUGCUUCUACACUGCACCAGCCCAAGGACAUGCUGCCCCGCUGUGCCCCAGAAGGGAAACACAGGCCUUGACCACCUGCCUGGUGUGAAGGAGCCCAUGGAGUUGGUGGGAAAGUUGCCAGGUCCCAGAGAGACAGAGCUAAAUGGGUGCCCUGGGUCCACGAGGGCCCAGCAGGAAGACAAGGCUCAAAAGCAGCACUUGGUCAGCCUGUGGGUGCAGUUCAGCCACAUGAUGGACACCUUACUCUUCUGCCUCUACCUGCUCUUCUUGGCCACUUCCAUUGUCACAGUCAUCAUCCUCUGGAACACCUAG